UAUAUCAUAAUCAUAUCUUUGUUUGGAAAUUUUUCUUUGAAAUCAGUGACAAAAAUGAGUCUUAUAAUUUUAAAAACGAACUUUAAAUCGUGGAUUAUAUUAAUGCUGGCUACAAUUCACGGCAUUUCAACUGAGUGCGAACCGGGAUGGCAGGCCGUCGGUCAAACGUAUUGUUACCGGAUAGGAGACGCUAUGUUGACGUGGGCCGCUGCAACGUCUGAAUGCAACAAACUCGACUCAAUGCUGCUACGGCCGUACGACCAAUAUGUUGUGCAAGAUGUCAAGCAGCUUCUAGCUACAAGUAACGACACACGGUGGUGGACGGGCCUCAAUGAUAUAUCCAAUCCGCAAAUAUGGGUCUGGGAUACUGGAAUGUAUGCCUCGCAGGUUGAAGAUCCCUCCAUAUUUAACUGGAUUCGUGAACCAGACGACACAAAGCACCUCCAGAAUUGCGCUGCUCUGAAUGAACAGGGCAGCCUGACAGACGAACGCUGCUCGGACAGAUACAGAUAUAUAUGUGAAUACCCCAUGCAAGGAGGUUCCUGUCUUUCCGGCUGGUUAAACUUUUCCGGUGGUUGUUACCUAUUUCCGGCGGGUCUCGGAGAUCCGUGGAGCAUGCUCAAGUGGACGGAUGCCAAUCAGAAAUGUCAGACGGUGUUGCAGGGUAUGACCGGGGCUCAGGGAAUAACGCCGCAUCUUCUAUUCAUAGAAACUCAGGCCGAACUGAAUUAUAUACGGUACCAACUACCAUUAAUAUCUCUGACGUCAGAGAUUUGGUGGAUUGGACUGACAGACAACCAAACCGAGGGACAGUUCAAGUGGACGGACGGACGACCCAUUGGCAGCCUUGCGUUCUGGGCGUCAGAAUGGAACAAUCUCGGAGCCAAGGAGAGGUGUGUGUAUACCAACAGCGUCGGGUCAAUGGCGGACUUCAACUGUAACAAGUCGGUGUCGUACAUCUGCCAGAAGGAAAAUGAUGUGUCCUCAGUUGUCCUUCCGGGUCUGGGGUGCCCGUCCUCCUGGACACGUGCCGGCCGUUAUUGUUACCAUUUUGAAACAACACAACGGGAAUCCUGGGCGGACGCGCGAUCGAUAUGCAAAAGCGCUGGGGCAGAUCUGAUAAAAGUAGACUCCUUCGACAAAAAGUCCUGGGUGGAGGCCCAGAAUGCAAUGUUUGAUAGUGGGCUUUGGUAUUGGACGGGCCUCAAUUACCAGCAAGCUAAAACCUGGCGCUGGGCGGACAACUCUCCAGCGAACCUUACACUAGUUAAAUGGAAUGCCGAGCCUAACAACUACAAGGGGAACGAAGCAUGCACCAUAAUCCGGAAGUCCGGCAAGUUUAAUGACGUCAACUGUCUGAUACAGGCGGGAUACGUAUGUGAAUAUAACUCGGAAGAUGCCCCGUGUAGUUCUGGCUGGUUAAGUCAGACCGUAGGGGACUUCACUAACUGCUACUACAUAGGGACUGACCUGGCCACAUAUGAUGAAGCCCAUGCCAGAUGUAACCAGCAGAGCGCUCCGUUCGACUCCUUUCUGCUGGCAAUCAACACUCAGGAUGAACUUACAUUCGUGGCACAGUCGUUGUCAGCGGUCAACACUAUGGUGGAAGAGUUUUACACGGGUCUUACUGACGCUGGUCACGAAGGAUUGUGGACGUAUGACACCAGUUUUAACCCAAUGCCAGCCGACGGCCUCAUUCCAUGGUCGAAAUCUCCUGACUUUCCAAAGGGGAAUGAAAAUUGUGCCACCAUCAUUUUCGCCGGAAGUUACAUAAACGUUGCCUGCACUGAUUUGAAUCCGUACAUAUGUGAAAAGCUUGCGUACGGAGUAGCCAGCAAAGGUUCCCGGUUAUUCACCAAGUUUUCGGUAUCAUCCGUGUUUGUUCUGGCGGCAUAUUUCCUUGUGUAUGGUCUCUGUCUACACUACAUCCUGCACGUGUCUUACGUGCUGUUUCCCGCCUUCGCCUAGAAAUUUUCUCUCUCUGACACAAUCGUUACACCGUGUUUGGACUUGAUAGCGCUUUUUCUAUUUUUUACAUUAUAUUUUCUCACCUAUUACACAGCUAAAUCCGGCAUUUUGCCCUCGUGAUAUAUUCUUUCUCUCAAAGGCUAUGACAUCACUUUUGGACAAUUUGAUAUUCAACUUAAACAUGAGUUUUUCACUGAAUACCAUUUCAAUGCUUGUACGCGUUUUGUCAGAAAGUAAGCUGGUAUGCAAUACACUCAAUCGAUUCGAAAUAUAAUGAAUGUUCUUCAAGAUACUGCUCUAAUUAAGUUGGAAAUACGUGAGAAAUUAACUGUACUUCUUUCCUCGGUUUUGGAUAUGAACAUUUCAUUCUGGAUUGCAUCUAGCAGUGUAUUCAAUAUACACUUAGAUAGGUUUGCACGUAUGUAAUGUUAGGAUCGUCUGUCAAUAUAUAAAUAAUGUGUUUUUAUUUAAGCCUGUUUUUUUUUUUAAUUGUUUAAUAUCAAAAAAUGAACAAAUUGUUUAACCAUGUUAUUUUUAGACUGAAUCUUUUAUAGGCCUUAGUCUUUAUUAAGAAGAACACGAACAUGUCGACUGAGUCCAUUUAUAGUUGAUAUUUAUACUCAAGAGAACCAACAGAAACCAGUCGAUGAGAAUAUUGAAGUAUAAGUGAACUUUCGAAGACAAUUUUUAUGUUAAUGCAGGAUUAACAUUUUUAUCAUUCUUUGCUAAUGUAUUAAUAGUCAACACUUCUAACACUAAAAUUCGAUAUUUGAUAAGCCCGUGGUCAAACAAAGCAGCCUUGUCGGCAUAUAUAGCCCGAUUCUUCUCUUCAGAUCAUUUCAGUAUUAUGUUAAUCGCAUUUGUGCAGCAUUUAAAUGCACUCAAUAUUAUCUAUGGUGUCUUUGUCGUUCUUGUGACAACCAUUUUGUAAAAAUCAUAUGAAGUUGUGUCAAACACAAUCUAAAGAAAAAGAAUCACAACACAGAAUUUAUGGACAAAUACUAUUUCUAUGCCUUAUCAUGGUGAUGUUUAUUUUGAUGACGCUGUUGGAUAUGAUACAACAAAUAAUAUUAAUAAAAGGGAAUUGCCCUUAUCGGA